CGAGACGAUUCGACGAUUGCGUGUCUCAGAUAUUUGAUUGUUCCACGGCGAAAUUAAAAAUGGCUGCCCUCAAGGAUGUUGUUUCCUUGUAUCAGAAUUUAAAACGCGAGUGGACAAAAACUCCGUGUAAUUUGAAGAAAUGCAGCGAAUUGCUCAAUCAAUUGAAGGUCGGUCUCACACAUCUAAUGUUUCUCCCGACGUCAAACAGCACGGCCAGUCAAAAUGAAUUACUAAUUGCCAGAGAUAUAUUGGAAAUUGGAGCGCAAUGGAGUAUUGCCGCCGAAGAUAUACCUUCCUUCGAGCGAUACAUGGCACAGCUCAAAUGCUAUUAUUUCGAUUACAAAUCCGGUUUAAUGGAAUCAGCGUAUAAGUAUCAGCUUCUUGGUCUGAAUCUCCUGUUUCUGUUGUCGCAAAAUCGCGUCGCUGAAUUUCACACAGAACUCGAACUCCUGCCAUCCGAUCAGAUACAAUCCAAUGUCUACAUAAGGCAUCCUUUAAGUCUGGAGCAAUACUUGAUGGAGGGUUCAUACAACAAGAUUUUCCUGGCCAAGGGCAACGUGCCUGCCGCAUCCUACAAUUUUUUCAUAGACAUUUUAUUGAAUACUGUUCGCGAUGAGAUCGGUGCAUGUAUGGAAAGCGCGUAUGACAAGAUCUCUAUUCAGGAUGCUGCGAGGAUGCUCAACUUAAACACGGAGAAAGACAUAAAGGCGUUUGCCGCCAAGAAAAAUUGGAACCUGUCCAAGGAUGGUUAUUUUUAUUUUACCACAACCAAUGAGAAAAAGUCCGAGGAGCCUAUCCCGAGCUCUGAAUUAGCAACGCUUGCUAUAGACUAUGCCAGAGAACUGGAGAUGAUUGUUUAAGACUUAUGCACACAAAUUUGUCUUUGUAUUUUAUAUUUAAAUAAACUAUUGCUCUUGUAAAGGAAUAGAA